AUGGAUUUGCAGAAGAGUGCACCAUCAUACGGAUCUACCACCGAGCCAACGCCGCAAGGCAGCUUUGCCGAGUCACUGGCACCAUAUGCGGCAGAGUUUGUUGGAACCUAUCUUCUUGUUUUUACCAUAGCUGUUUGCGGCAUUGCCGCGGACCACAUUGCCGGAAUUGCUACUGGGGCCCUGCUCGCAGUGUUGGUGUACAGCUUUGGCCCGAUUUCUGGUGGUCACUUCAAUCCAGCUGUAUCUUUCGCAUGCGGCUUGACCCGAAAGACCCCAUGGCCGCAGGUGAUUGCGUACAUUUUACUCCAGAUCUCAGCAGGCCUCAUCGCUGGCAUUGCAUGUCAUGAGGUUCUACAACAGCCACUGGGAGUAGCUCCACAUGCACCGUUUGGUUUUUGGGAUGCUGGCUUCUUGGAAUCGCUCUACACAGGCAUGCUAUGCUUUGUGGUGCUAAAUGUGUCCACUUCCAAGAGCAACAACCCAGACCGCGAUCAGAAUCAUUACUUUGGCCUUGCGAUUGGCUUGGUCGUCAUUGCCGGCGGCCAUGCAGCGGGUGGCGUUUCUGGUGGAAUAUUCAACCCGGCGGUGUCGAUCGGCCUUGAAAUUGUGGGAUCUCAGGAGCCGGCCGCAGUGGUGGGUCCGUGGGGCUUGGCGUUUGCUGGGAUGCAGCUUUUCGGUUCAUCCCUUGCUGCCGCCAUUUUCGUUGCUGUGAGGGCAGGGGAGCUUCGCAACGGUGAGGAGCCCCGAGGAGAUGUGGGCAUGGGCGGCUCCUUGCUUGCAAAGCUGCUUUGCGAGUUUCUUGGCACCUUCCUCCUUUGCAUCACAGUUGGCCUCAACUUGGUGCUGCGCUCAAUCUCAACGCCUUGGGCCGCAUUUGCUGCCCUUGCCAGUCUGAUCUAUGCUGUGCACGAUGUUAGCGGUGGCCACUUGAACCCAGCAGUCACAGCGGCCGUGGUCUUCAGCGGCCGUGGAAAAUGCCCUCCUGGCCGUGGUGUGGCCUAUGCUGCCGUCCAGCUUCUGGCUGGGUCUGUAGCAGGAGUCAUCACCGCAGCCUAUCAGCAGGAGAGCCUUCUAGGCGUGACAGAGAUCAGUUUGCAGCCUAGGCUGCCUUACAGCUGGAUUGCAGUAUUUGUAGUAGAAACAGCAUUCACUGCUUUGAUUGCAUUCGUGGUUCUCAGUCUGACAACCGUCAAGCCACUUGAUGCCGUCUCGUUGCAGAAUUUCCCGUUUGGCUUCGCAAUCGGAGGAUUGCUAGCGGCUGUGAUUUUCCGAGUGACUCAUGGGGAUUGGUGCCUCCGCGUGGGUCCCGGCGGAGUCGACCUGAACCGGAACUGGGAUGAGCACUGGCAGGGAGAUGCGUCCUUUGGCGAAGAUACCAAUCCUGGCCGAUUGCCUUUCAGCGAACCCGAGACGCAGCUCCUGAAGGAGCUGGUCUCAGAAUUUCAUCCCACGACUUUCCUGACCAUUCACAGUGGAACUUUAGGAAUGUACAUGCCCUGGGCGUUCGAUAUGGAGCACUUGGCGAACCGCAACCAAGGCUCCAUGAUGGAGAUCCUGAAGCAGGUGGACCAGGCGCACUGCCAAUGCCCUUUUGGCGCUGCUGGACGUGAGGUUGGCUAUUCAUGCCCUGGUACCUGCUUGGACUGGGUCUACGAUAAGCUGCAGACCCCGUAUGCAUUCGCCUAUGAGAUCUACUAUGGAGGGGACCAAAGCUCCCUCAGAGAUCGCUGGGAGGAAAAGCUGCGAUUGCCAGAAGCCUCGAAGUUCCAGGCACAGAAUCUGGCACAUGACCACUUCAAAGACGUGUUUGCCGACUUCCCGUCAAGCUUCAUCCAGGUCCAGUCUGCAAGCAACAUGACCAAGACUGCUGCCGAAACGCUCACAGGCUUCCUGAUGGCAGGAUUCAGCAGAUUGAGUGAUGUCUAG